AUGAAGCGCACGGGACGGAAAUGGCGAGCGCUCAGGAAGAAAGCGAAUAUCCGAGCAGUAUGGGCGCAUGCAAGGAACCAUCAACAGGCCCAGCGACUGCUCUCGACAACGCUGUCCAGGAAAGAAGAAGCCCAAGCAGAUAUAUUUGAAACGGUGCCGGGAUCGCUACGAAUGCAGCAAGAGAAGAAUGAUGCUGUUGGCCUCAAACAUCCACAUCUCAGGCAUAUUUACCGGGAUAUAUCGUGA